AUUUUUUUCUUACUUAUAUAAUCAUCAACUGUCUCCUCCUCCACUUCCCACUAUAAUAAUCCCUUUAAAGAAGCUGCAAAUUUUCAUAUUCAAAGCUAUCUGAGAUGGAUGAAUACUCAAAAGAGUGUGAGUUUUGGCUUCCGCCGCAGUUUCUAACUGAUGAUGACAUUCUUUUAGGGUUUAAGACUAACAGUAAAGGGGAGGAAAAUGAAAUGAAGAGUUACUUUGGGUGUGAUUUUAAGAACGAGUUCUCAUAUAUGUUGGGUCCGAAAUCGGAUCUGAGUUCUCCGGUGGAGUCAGUUGUCGGCUCAACGGAGACAGAGAGUAGUGAUGAGGAAGAUUAUAUCACUGAGUUAACUCGCCAAAUGGCUCACUCCACUCUUGAAAACCACAAGGUUCAGAGUUUGUCAAGUUCUCCUCAGUCAACGUUAUAUGGUAUUCUCGGGUCAAAACAUCAGGGUUCAAAAAUUGUAAGCCCAAAUUGCUCUUCUCAGAGUAGAAAUGGGGUUGUGGAUUUACUUUAUGAAGCAGUGGGCGAAGUUGCAAGAAUGAAGAUGAUGGAGAAAGAGGCUGGAAUCUAUCGUCAUAAAGGUGGAAUGUGGACUCCGCCCAGAAAGGCAAGUCCAGUUCCUGUAGACCCAAAAAACUCUAAACCAAAUCUUGGUUCGUUUUACUCUAAUCAACCACCGCAGUCUUACCAGCAGUUACAAAUGGCUCAAUUUCAGCGGUUGAAGCAACAACAGAUAAUGAAGCAAGGACAAGGAGUAUUGUGUCCCGAAAAAGAGAGAUUUUGGAACCAGCAGCAGUUGAAUCAGGGGAGAGGCCAAAAUGGAGCUGAUAGGUCAGUUUCUGCUUGGCCGACUCUGCAACAAUCUCACCAGCAGCAGCAGCAGCAGCAGACUCAGCCUGGCUCAGGCAUGCGAGCUGUUUUUCUAGGAAAUACUGGACCCAAAAGGGAGUGUGCUGGAACUGGGGUUUUUAUUCCCAAAAGACCUGGAAUACAAACUGAACCAAGAAAGAAGAUAGGUUGUUCGACAGUUUUAAUGCCAGAAAGAGUGGUCCAAGCCUUGAAUCUGAAUUUGGAUGUAAUGGACUCUCGGCUGCAGUUUCUGGUUCAACCCAGUUGUAAUAAUGGUGGUGUUUUGAAGUACCAGAAUAAUUUGGUGGAUCAACAAAGACGCAGUUUGAGAACUCAGCCGGCGGUUAAAUCCCAAGAGAUAAUACUUCCUCAGGAGUGGACUUAUUGACCCAGAAAUUGUAUUUGCGAUAGGGAUUCUUUACAGUAUUUUGAAGAUAGUUUAGUCGCAAAUGGGAUGGGCUUUUUGGGUAGUAAAAGUAGGGUUUAAGGGAGAGAGGAAGUAAUUUUCACAGUCCUCAAGGAGUAGAAUUAGGCAGCAGACAGACUCUAGUAUCAAGAAAAUUGCUGGAUUUUGAGGUUCUCUUUUGUUUGGUUUUAGAUUAGAUUAUACUAGUAAUGACAAAAAUAAAUGUCUAAAGUCAAGAAAUCAAGAAAGAUGAUUGGGUCGUGUUUUGGUGGAAAA